GAAAAUUUCGAGGCGAUCGCCAGUUAUACGCGCAACUGGCUGGCGGCCGGACAUGGAUUUUGACGAGGUGCUGCGGGAGGUGGGAUCCUUUGGCCUCUACCAGAAGGUCAUCAUAUGCUCUGUACUACUUCCAGCUGCCUUGCCCUGUGCCUUUCAUGCCUACAGUCAGUUGUUUAUAGCUGCUACUCCGCAGCACUGGUGUCGCGUACCGGAACUGGAGCCGUGGAUCCAGGACUAUGUUCCGCUGGUAAAGAAUCUCAGUAUUCCCCGCAACAGCCAAGGCGGGUAUGCCGAGUGCUCCAUGUAUGCGAGAAACUACAGCGACAUCGUCCGAUAUCUCGAGUAUCGUCCGCCUCCGGAACUGCUCCGCCAGCAGGCCGAUGAUCUUCUGAAGCAGCUUCCGGAUAAUGCCCAAGUGGUACCCUGCCAACAUGGAUGGAACUACGAUCGGUCUAUCUACUCCAGUACCGUGGUGCAGGAGUGGAACCUGGUAUGCGACCAGAGUUUCCUGGUGACCCUGGCUCUAGUGAUCUUUGGCGUGGGCGGACUGCUGGGCAACUAUGUUUUCGGCUAUCUGGUGGAUCUGUGGGGCAGGAGGCCCUCCUUCUAUGCCUACUUGCUGAUGGAGAUUGCCGCCUGUGCGGCUAGUGCCUUCGCCUGGAACUACUACUCCUGGCUGGGUCUGCGCUUUGUGGUUGGACUGACUGUACCGGCCAUUCUGGCCAGUCCCUACGUCUUGGCCAUUGAGCUGGUGGGUCCGGAGCGGCGGGUCUUCUGCACCAUCGUUUCGAAUAUUGCCUAUUCCCUGGGACUGGUAGUGCUGGCCGGAGUGAUCUAUGUGGUGAGAGACUGGCGGGAGCUUAGCUUGGCAGUGUCCAUGCCCUUGCUGAUGCUCUUCUCCUGCUUUUUUGUGCUGCCCGAGUCGCCGAGAUGGCUGAUGGCCGUAGGAAAAACGAAACGGGCCAUGAGGAUCCUGAAAAUAAUGGCCCGCGUCAAUGGCGUGCGAGUGAACCGAGACUUUGUGGAGAGGUUGGAGCGAAGAUUGGUAAACACCCGAGCGGCAGAGGCCGAAUCCUCGGCAGCUAGCAGGCACUAUGGCAUCCUGGACCUCUUCCGGGGAACCAAUAUGCGGCGCAAGACCCUGAUCAUCACUCUAAUUUGGUUUGCCAACACCAGUGUCUAUGUGGGACUGAGCUACUACGCCCCGGCCCUAGGAGGGGAUGAGAUCUGGAAUUUCUUCCUUGCCGGAGCCGUGGAGUUGCCUACGUAUCUACUUCUCUGGCCGGGUUUGAGCUACUUUGGCCGACGGUGGAUCUUGUUCAUCUCGAUGCUGGUGGGUGGGGUGGCCUGUGUGGCCACCUUCCUCUAUCCGGACAUCACUCUGCUCCUGUACUGUGUGGGAAAGAUGGGCAUAAGCUCCUCCUUUGUGGUGCUCCCCCUCCUGGCUUCUGAAUUGUAUCCAACGGUGGUGCGAGGACUGGGCAUGAGUUUUAGUUCCGUGGUGGCUAUGGUGGGUCCGAUUGUUAUUCCUCUUAUUAACCACAUGGGCCAACAAAUGCUUGUUCUGCCUUUAAUCGUUAUGGGUGCCCUACUCAUCCUGGGCGGAUUUGCCAGUCUCCUACUACCGGAAACGCGCAACCGCAAUCUGCCGCAAACCUUGGAAGAAGGAGAGGCUGUUCCACUAAGUUUCCUGCUUUGCUGUUGCGUUGAAAACGAACCAAAGCCGAGAACUCCACCGACAAGGACUCCUCCGCCAAAUAGAGGAGUUCCUCAGAGUGGAGUGAGAGUAUUGCCACAAGUGGAAAGCCCUGGUCCACAUCGUGCCACCUGCAAGGUUGUUUGUAGCAUAUGUAAAAAAGAAAUGCGUACAUUGUAGUUUGUUAAUAUUGAAUUGUAGUUAAUAAAAGUUAAACCAUUUAAUUUUGAAUUCAAAUUUAAAACCAGAUUGGCAGUUCUUCCGUUAAACUCUUUGGCGUUGCCACACUUUUCAAAAAGUACAAUACAGUAAAAAAUAGGUUUGGGGGGCAGAUAAACCAUGUUUUCUUUUUUAAUUUAAAUAUCUGUUAUUAAAAGAAAUUAAAAAUGGUUACUCUUAUUCACUUUAAGUCUGUAGAAGGGUAAAUACAUACAGUAGAAAGAUUCUUCUAUAAAACCAUUAAGCUUUUAGAAACAAGUUGGCAGCCCAACCGGCAAUUUCAAAUGGGGUAAUUAAAAAAAGAAUUAAACGACACAAAACAAAACAAAUCAUCAAUUAAACUGGGGUCAAAAAUAAUCUUUUCUUUGUGUUUUAUGAAAAUCACACAAAUACAUUCUGCAACCGCCCUAUAUAUGUAUUUGCAUCAACCUUAAUAUACGUUUAUGAGACGUUGAAAGCUGAUAAGACCCGAGGCCUGUAAACCGCAAUCACAACUGCCUUUAUAGAAACUUCAAGAAGCGUUCCGGUUAAACUGGCCUAUCAGCACACCGCAGAAUUCGCAAUUUUAAGGCAUUAUUCGAGUUUUUGGCCGUGACUCAUGCCAAGAAUUUUAACCAAAACACACCAAUACACGGCCAUAACAUGUGCCGCCCACAUAUGAGAGAUGUAGCUUUUCACCUUUGGAAUAACCCUGAUAAUUAUGUUACGCUUUGGACAAUAGAAAAACACCUGAGAAGUUUAAAAUAAUACAGCUAGGCAAGGGUUUUCGUUAUUGUAGCCAAACAGCUGCCGAAUCUCAAUGUCAACAACUUUAACUGCCGCGUGCUUUUCGCCCCUUAGCCACCUCUUGGCCCACAAAUGCGUUGUCAAGCACACACACCAAGAUACACAUGUUGAUUAUGCAAGAAAAAAAAAAAAAGAAGUGCCAGAAAUAUGAUUUCAUGUGUUUUUACAGUUCUUUUAAUGUAUGUUAGUUUGAUGAUCUAAAAAAAUAGAUUAAAAAUUAUAAAACGUUUUCAACAAUUUUGGUACAAUGAUUUUGAAAUCAGAAAAUUUUGGACUCUUGUUUAUGUUUUGAAUGAAUUUGGUGAGGGGUUUGUGGGGUGGUGGGCGGCGGGCGGGAUAUACAUCAUAAUGUAUUGGUUAUUAAAAGCUAUAGCUAAAAAUAUAUAUAUGCCUCUCUUCCGCUACCAGGUCGUCGGUCUCCUUGUGGCAAUGAUUUUUUCUGGAGUGUCUUCGUUAGUCCCCUAUAAAUCACCUCGAUAUUCGUUCCAAAAACUGUCCUAUGUACUAUUUUUAUAUAUAUGUAGAUGCGGGAGGCGGCGGCAAAAUUAGAAUGUGUGUCUCUUGUCAUAUAUUGUGUGUGUGUUUUGGAUUGUUGACUCUUUUUCGGGUUGAGGAAACGUGCUUUAAUCGUUUUGGAAAAUACAUUUUGACGGUUGUACACUUCGCUUCCAAACUAUUACUAGUAGAUUAAGAUUGAAGGUUCCCUUAAUAUAUUAAAUAUAGUAUUUUAUAUUAUGUGUUCUGUUCAGCGCUCACUAGGAUGCCUUUAUUUUUUUUUUUUUAGUAUUUAGUAUAGUGUGUUUUAAUAGCAUGACCCCCAAAAAAGUAGAGAAGGAACGCGAAGGCGGCUCA